AUGAUGGACACGGAGAGUGUGACGGAAACUGACAGCGCGGCGGACACUGCCACUGCCAACAUCAUGACGGACCGAACCAGAAUGCAACUGGUCUGCCGUGUUGCCGAGCUCGAGACAGAAUUAUUCCUCACCCGCGAAGCGCUCAGGCAGUCAAACGAGUCCAAGCAAUACCUGAUUGAGUAUAUCAACGGAUGGAAAGGCAACUUUGGCCCCAACAACGUCGCGGCCGUCAGCGGAGCCCAGGACAUCGGAACAAGCAACGGGGCUGUGAAACGCAAAGAUUCAAUUACCAACGUGAUGGAUACGUUUGUAGAGUGUAUCUCCGACGAGCAAUUUGUGGACCCUAAGAGGGAGAAGUCAAUUCUGGAUGAGGAUGAUGUCCUCGAGGAUCAGACUCCGAGUCUCGUGCCGAGUACAGUUCAGGAUAGCAAGCCUGAUGAAGAGUCCAUCGGCCAGGACACUGUCAGCGAGAAUCGCAGGCCCUCAAUCGGCUGCCCAGCAGUUCCCUCGGAGGAGCCACUGGGAUUCACCAUCUAUCACCAAGAUGACACGACAACUUUUGUUUACACGGGCGGACGAUGCCAGUCUCCCUGUCAUACAAUUCCACGGCGUCAAGCAAGACCGUUCCUCGAUUGGGAGCACAGAAAGCUCGCGGGGAAUGCGUUUGUCUGGGCCGAAAUGACGGCAGAGGAGUUGACGGAGGUCUUUGCGCGUUAUGCGAAGGAGCAUCCGAAACAUUCUGCUGAGGAGUACCACAGCUACUUCGAGGAAUGCAUUCGACCGGCCCAUGAGGAGCGAGAAAGCCGGCUGCAGAAGGCCAGAGAAGCCCUGUUGGUACCUCUCGUCUCGAUUGAGGCCGACGAGCAGGCACAAGAGCAGGAUCCGAUGAUCCCGCGCACGGACGAGACAGAGGGUAUGGUGUGGACGACGGGGCGAUUGCCUUCCCCAGACUCCAGGACCGCGGAAGAUUUCGAGAACGAUGUCCAGCGCGCAUUCGGGGUCGAAAGUGGUCGUACAGGUUGGAGUUCAAGGACCCGGCAGCAGGAACUGCACAACAUUCGCUAUGAUCCAGGACGCGCCGCAGCAACCACGUUUGACACGGGAUACAAUCCUAACCCCUACUGCCCACCAGCCGAAGUUAAUUUGGACCCAUAUAAUACCAUGGUGGUCAGCAAUAUCUCGGUCGGCACGACUCUCUCCCAGGUCCUUGACCAAAUCCACGACGGGGGGGAAAUCUACUCGGCCGUGUUCCUCAACACAGCCGGUUUGUGCACCAACCCCCGAAUGACCACCGAAACGGCCCUGAUCAAAUUUCUCCACGAUGGUGACGCCAGCUCCGUCGUGAAGAAUUGGAAGGAGCACACCAACACCUCCAUGACCGUCCAGCUCGUUGAGACUGUCUCACGCCCGAUCCCCAGCCGCAUCUGGGCGGAAAUUGACCGUAUCAAUCUCAGCAGAGUGCUGUUCAUAAAAGAUGACACGGGCUUCUGGACGCCGGGCAAAGUCCUCCGGCAGCUGAUGCGUCAUGGAGUGAGGUACCCGCUGAAGGUGAUGUUUAACCUCUCCCUUGAACGAACCAUGCACUUUCACUUUGCGAGCUUGGCCGAGGCGAAGGCAGCUUGGCUUGCGGUCACUCGCGACCACACAGUUUUCGACGGCAUACCCACGGGCUUCGUCGCGGAUCCAUGUAGUGGGCCUGCUUACGAUGGAGAGUCGGAGGGUUUGAGUGAUGGUUGGUGCGAGUACGUCAGGCUCACGGAGGAGACCUGA